UGCAGGUUUUUAAAACAGAGACAUACGCAAUCUUGUUUACUAAAUUUGAGUUGUCGUAUGAUCUACGAAACACACACCACCCUCCCAAAAACAGCUUCUGUUCACACUGUGCCACUAACUUGUGAAAUGACGACCACCACCAUUUGGUAUUAUGUGUGCCUGACCAGUCAGAUAAUCACAUACAGGCCAAACAACCCGAUGUUUAAAUACCGGACUUACAUCUACUUGUAACAUGAAGGUGAGACAUGCUAUUAGAAGUUGUAUUUGAGUUAUUUCUGUCUGUAAACUUCACUGUGUGUCAGACAUUAGACGCCUGUUAUUUAUGCCACCACCCCUCUCUCGCCAACGAGGAGUCAAACUUUCCUGUCUCUGGGGGAGGAGGCUCUGAUUUAGAUUAGAUUAGAUAAUCCUUUAUUAGUCCCACAGUGGGGAAAUUUCAGGAUCACAGCAGCACAUUAGAGCAUUAAUAAAAAAUAAAUAAUAAAACACAAUAACAAUACUAAAUGCUAAAUAUACAGAGGAAACUAAAUAUAUACACACGGCAGUGACCAAAGUGAAUUUCCAGCAGGUUAAAAGUGUCCAGGAAAAUAAAGUGAAGUUAUUAAGUGAAGUGAUUGGUAGCAUGUAUACAAUUAUUUCCAACCAUGAGGCUAAUAUGCCACACAAUUGACAUUAUUCCUUCAGCACGAUGUUGAACGACUUCCAUUUGAUUGAAUCCUUGAUGUUGGAUGUGGAUCUUCUAAUGAGCCACAGUGUGUAUUUCAUCUGUGUUACUGUACUGUGACUCCACAUAAGAGUUGAAAACACAACACUCACAUAACCACGUACACUCUGUUACUGUACAACCUGUCAUUAGUCCAAAGACGAUAACCUUUACUGUGUACAUUACCGUUCAAAAGUUUGGGGUCAUCCAGACAAUUUUGUGUCUUCCAUGAAAACUCACUUUUAUUUAUCAAAUGAAUUGAAAAUUGAAUAGAAAAUAUAGUCAAGACAUUGACAAGGUUAGAAAUAAUGAUUAAUAUUUGAAGUAUUAAUUUUGUUCUUCAAACUUCAAGCUCAAAGGAAGGCCAGUUGUAUAUCUUAUAUCACCAGCAUAACUGUUUUCAGCUGUGCUAACAUAAUUGCACAAGGGCUUUCUAAUCAGAUAUUAGUCUUCUAAGGCGAUUAGCAAACACAAUGUACCAUUAGAACACUGGAGUGAUCGUUGAUGGAAAUGGGCCUCUAUACACCUAUGGAGAUAUUUUAUUAGAAACCAGACGUUUCCACCUAGAAUAGUCAUUUACCACAUUAACAAUGUAUAGUGUGUAUUUUUGAUUAAUGUUAUCUUUAUUGAAAAAACAGUGCUUUUCUUUGAAAAAUAAAGACAUUUCUUAGUGACCCCAAACUUUUGAACGGUAGUGUAUGUAGUUUUGUAAUAUUGAGGGAUAAAUGAAAAUGUAUUAACUAAUCCCAUGUGCUUCCUAUUGCUGUAAUUAUGUAUUCAUCCCAUCCCAGGUGACAACCAUAAGCAUCACCGCCAGUGUAAUAACAAUCUAAGCUCCAUACGAAUGCCCCACUCAGUGCUCUUCACGGUGAGGUCAGUGCACGCUCCUUAACCUCACACCCAGGUGUGCCUUCCUCCUCUGCUCCAAGUCAGACUUGUGCAAUCAAAACAAGGCCACCUUUUCUGAGACAAACUCCGGAGCGCAGAUAGCAUCCUUGUACAUAGCUCUGCCCACCUUGCCUCCUCUCCUCCCUUAUAUCAGACGGGCUCAUUUGUGUGAGGACAUUCUCCCCCUCUGUGCUACAGCCAACACAUCGUAUGGUGAGACGGGUCCACUGAAGGCAUGUCCAGGUACUGUGUCUUCUUCUUUCUUUCUUUUUCUACAUAGUCUGCAGGUGAGUUUGGAGUGGCCUCAUCUCGAUUUAGAAAUCAUUGUGUAGAUGUAGAGACCAGUUUGCAUUCCAGAAGUUAUUUGUCGUUAUUUGUGUCCUGCUAGACUGCUGCAAAGAAUGAGGAGAAAGGGACUUGGUCUGUGCAUUUGCAUUUACAUGUGAACGAUGAAAUAGAAACACAAUUGGGAAUAAGCUUUGAGGUCGUCUUUGUGUAAAGUAUACAUGUUUCUGUUGUGUAGCAGCAAGGUUUGGACCCAAACGCAGCAGGCAGAGUUCUUUCAAAAUAAAAAGGUUUCUUUAAUCGUGUACCGAGCAGAACCACAGUCCGGCAACAGGAGCGAAACUAACAGGAACAAGAACCGGACAGGAACAAAAACGAACAGACACAGACCAAGCAGAAAGACACAGGCUAAAUACACUGGGGAAACGAGACACAGGUGGAGACACAGGUGGAAACAAUCAGGACGUGGCUGGGAACAAUCAGGAAUGAAACAGACAAGCACAGGGAAGGAAGCGCAGGGAAACAGGAAACGAGACAGGGACUUCAAAACAAAACAGGAAACACUCCAAAUCAUAACAGUUUCAACAGUGUGAUCUGAAUAUAUCUGAAUGAGUUAGCAUUGUCUCGCUUGCUUUGUUAUAUUUUUAUCAUAGCAACAUUGGCUCCAAAUAUGUACACAUUGGACUGUAAUAUGCACAGGAGAGUUUGAAAGGCUGUGUUUUCUUCUUUCUCCAGCCAGGGCAAAGGAUGGUUUCAGUGACAGAGAACAACAGAAGCUGCGUGCUGCUGCGUGUCCUCUCUGCUCUAACCAUCGUUUUCUGGCCUGUUCUCUCAGUGUCAUGCCUGACGACACCAAACGCCUUCACCCCUCCUGUUGGUAACAGCAACAUAUCCACCAUUUAUUUGACCACUCCUGCAAUCCUCAAACCAUCCACCUCCGCCCUCAGCCCAACGUCUUCGCCACAAGCCUCGACUACAACACCCUCAAAAUCAAUGUCAGCCACGUCUACGAUGUCACACUUUGACCAAACAUCCCAGAGAGAACUCCUCAUAUCCUCACUCUUGUCUUACUUGCCACCUCGCCCCUGCAAAGAUCUGACACCACCCCUCAAAACUAGAGGACCACACCUGCACAGAAACCGAUGCCAUUUGUCUAAAAUGACCUCUGGAAAAUCUCCUCUUCACACGGCUAGACUUCCAUUUCCUCCUCCCAACUCGACUUCCAUUCCACAAAGUUUGCCAUCUUCUCCUCUUCCUCAAACUGCUCUCCCCAAGCGUCCCUCUCCUCUUCCAACGUCAUCCAUCUCCACAGCGUUCCUGCCUUUAACCUCUAAAACAUCACCACCCAUCCCACUCCCCGAAACCUCUCAAUCUCCACCAGAAGCAGCAGCCUCCCGUCCAUCCGGACCACGUCCGCCUCCCCCUCUCCCCCACACCACGGGCCCGCUGUUUGAGCACCAGCCAUUCAUUGUUAGUUGGAACAUCCCUGAUUUGGUGUGCAACAGAUACAACAUCUCACUGGACACCUCCCCCUUUAAAGGCGUGGCCACACCUGCUAAGGUCCCAGGCCAGUUUCUGUCUCUGUUCUACACAGACCGAUUGGGUCUUUACCCACAUGUAGACCUCGCUAGAAGGAAACAGAUCAAUGGCGGCAUACCUCAGAGAGGUAACCUGAAAGCCAGUAUGAGCAAAGCCAGAGAAGAUAUUAACUACUACAUCCCAUCCAAGACCAGCCGAGGCCUGGCUGUUAUCGACUGGGAGGAAUGGCGCCCCCUAUGGGACAGAAACUGGGGCACGAAGAGAAUUUACCAGACUUUAUCUGUGGCACACCUUAUGCGGACCAAUCGCUCCAUGACAGUUCAUCAGGCCACAGAGAAGGCCAAACAACACUUCCAGGUGGCAGCCAAGAGUUUUAUGUCAGGGAUGUUGGCAAUGGGCAGAACUAUGAGACCCAACUAUCUCUGGGGCUUCUACUUGUUUCCUAACUGCUACAAUUAUGUCUGGGAGAAGCCAAACUACACAGGCCGUUGCUCCAAGGAGGUGAGGAGGCAGAAUGAUGAGCUGCUCUGGCUGUGGGAGUCCAGCACCGCCCUCUAUCCCUCUGUCUACUUGCAGGUCUCUCUGGCAGACAGUCCAAAGGCUGCUCUGAUGGUGAGAAACCGUGUGCAGGAAGCUUUGAGAGUAUCUGCCCUGCCUAGACGGAGUGGCACUGCGCCCAUAUUUGCUUACAUGCGACCUGUCUUUGUUGAUCAGAACAGACGGUUCCUCAGCCAGGGAGACUUGGUCAGCACCAUUGGGGAGAGUGCAGCAGUUGGAGUGUCUGGCGCUGUGCUGUGGGGGGCCAGCGCCGACUAUGAUGACCAGGCGUCUUGUGCGGCCCUCUCAUUCUACCUCUCCUCCACCCUCAACCCUUACAUCAACAAUGUCACCUUAGCCGCUCAGCUCUGCAGCAGCUUCUUGUGUCGAGGGAAUGGCCGCUGUGUCCGCAAAAACUCCAACUCCAAUCACUACCUCCAUUUAAACCCUGACAAUUUCAGGAUCCUGCAUGUUCAGAAACGCUACCUUGUCCUGGGGAGACCAAGCCUCACAGACCUGAAGGCUUUGAGCAGGAGGUUCACCUGUCAGUGCUACAAAGGACUGAGCUGCUCACCCAGGACAUAUAGAGAGCUAUCCAAGGCGCUGGUGUUCAGUGUUAAACAAGGGCUGUUCCAGAAGUUUCACACUCUGAAUAAAGCCAUGUUAGAUGAUGCACAACAAGCCAGUAUUACUAAGGACAAUGUUAAAAAAAACAUGAAAGUUUAACUUGUAAACAUUUGUUUUUUCCUGAGCGAAAGGUAUUUUUUUUAGGAAAAACACCAAUUAAACCAAUCACUGUACAUUCAGACCCAGUCUUGUUGCAAUCAUGUGUUCACCUGUAAUAUUAUAAGUGCUCAGAUUUUUGUUGUUGAUUUCCCCACUGUGGGACGAAUAAAGGUAUAUCAUAUCAUAUCAUAUCAAACAUCACCUCAUGUAAUGUGUAGCCUACACAUACUGUACUAUAUCAAGAAAGUAUUAGCUGUGUUCCAUUUAUAAUCCCACUGGAUAUUUUUCUAGGAUUUGACUACAUUUGAAAAUAAAUGAAAAUAGUUUUGUUAGGGCUUUUUUAAAAUUACUUUGUUGUUGUCAUGGUAGGAAAAGCACAGGUGUUAUUAAUUAAGAAACUGUUAUUCACACGUUAGCUACUUUACUUUGAGCAGAUGCCUAAUCAGAUAAGUGGAAAAACCUGUGUCAGUGUACUGGGACUUCUAGCUGCAUGUAUUAUCUUGUAUGCCACAACAAGGCACAACAACUCAAAACAGGUUGUUUUGGCUGUUAGCUAACAUGGUAGUGAGCAGAUACCUACCUACACAUCCAGCAAACGUGGAGCAAUAUCGGCACUCAUUUGGGGACGAGUGCUAAUGAGUCCGUAUAUAAUAUUCCCAGUGUGGUGUUGUCAGCAGAUAUAAGGCCAUCGGUGUAUUGAUGGUGUCCUCUGGGCGGUAGGUGUGUUUGGUGCGUCAGGAUUUAUGUGCCUGCUUGUGUCGGUGAUCUCAAAGGGACUUUAAAGAGGAAGGGUCGAUACAUUCUUGGUUAUGCAGCUCAGUUUUACCCUGUUACGGGCAAAUUGUGACGCCACAGUGAGCAUCAAAGUUCAGGAACCUGGAACUGAUGCAUGUAUAUUCAGUACAGCAAUCGAUGUGACUUCAUCAACAUGACCCCAUUAUGUUUGUGUCUUUUUAUGUUUUUUUGCAGACUAUUUUUUUACACCUAAGCUUAUUUAUGUUGACGGUUACGGCUCAGGCCGAAAAACAGGUUGCAGAGGUUUUUUCAUAGCCGAAGAUAGGGCAUGUUUUAACAGAGCCUGAACCCUAUCUGCACCAUCUGAAAAGAACGUGCUUUCAAAUGUUUCUUCCAUCAGGCUUGCAUGCCUUUUCUGUAAGACGUUAUUGCUCAAAACUUUGCUGAAUAAUAUAAAUGGUAUUGACCAACAUUUCAGAUUUAAUUAAAGUCAUACAAUACAUGCCAUUAAAAUUCAAGUUUUAAAAUUGUUGAUGAACCUCUUUAGCUGCCAAAAAACCAGCCACACCUCAGCCACAUGCAGAGGUAACUUAUGUUGUUGACGUUCAGUGAAAGAUGCAUCAGUUCUGACAUGGACUCUAAAUAAGUUACAUCCUUUUGUUGGUGAAUAAGUUAGCUAUAAUUUUUGCCACGUACUCUAAAUAAUUUCAGACACAAUAGAAUAUGAUUUCUUUACAAAUCAACCACAGACAAGAAGGACAUUUGGUUUCUUUUAAUAAUCCAAAGUGAAUGUUUCUAAUAUAACCAAAGUAAUGAAGUGCAACAAUUUCAAUGUUGCUCUGACAACAUGCAAGGGACUUUAAUGAUUACUUUCUGCCUUGUAUUUUGCUUUUACCGAGUAAACCAAACUCAAAACCAACCCAAAUCUAGCAGAAAAGCUUAGAAUUCAUUCAUGCAUUCAACAAAUCACAAACUUAUCUAAACUUUCAGAAAGUACUCCUCUUUCCGAUAAAAUCUUCUAAACACAUUAUUUACAUAUUAUAUUUUUCAAUAAGGAUUAAAUGGUUACUUCAUAAAUGACAGGAUUGAGUACAAAAAAAAUACGACUGUAGGGGUGAAAUGGGUUCACCUGCUGGCAAUGUAAACUCCAAAAGAUGUUGACCUAAAGAAGUGACUUAUAUACAGUGGAUCACAGUGUAAGGUACUUGGAGUAGUCUGGUAAUAAGGCAUAAGACCACUGUAAAGCAACUGUUGGAGUCAGAAUAAACUCUUUAUGCAAAGCUGGAGUUUAUUUAGGGAAUAUUUGACAAAAAAACAUUCCUUCUAGAUUUAAAUGUCUGUACUAUAUUUACUUCAGAUGGUUGAUGGACUUACAUUUAAUGUGUUUUUGUUGCGUUGGAUAUAUAAACAUAUAAAUUUGAUCAGCUGUUUUAAAUGUGCAUCAUUUUGGUGGAGCCAGUUAUUCUGAUAAUGGAACAAACACAAC